AUGGCCACCGACUACAGCAAGCUGAAGGUCGUUGACCUGAAAGCCCAGCUGAAGCGCCGCGGCCUGCCCCAGGCUGGCCGCAAGGACGAGCUCAUCGCUCGUCUCGAAGAGGCAGAUGCUGCCCCGGAGGAACCACAGAGCACCGAAGAGCCCGUUUCGCAAACAGCUCAGGCGAGCGAACCAUCCCCUGCCGAAGAGCCCGCCGUAGACGAGCCCGCCGCCGAUGACGACGACAGGCAAGGAGAGGACGCAGAGGGCGCGAUUCACGAACACAUCACCACAGACGAAGCGUCCACGCCAAAGGCUUCAGCACAGGUCGCCGAGCCCUCAGCGCCGUCCCAAGCCCCUUCUCAGGCGCCGAGCGCGUCCGCCGAGCCCGAAAGCACACCCGCCACCCUCCCGGCGGCCUCCUCGUCCGAGCUCCUGCAAGACUCGCAGAAGCGCAAACGCCGAUCGGCCAGCCCCCCUCCCUCGGGCCACGAAACCCCCCGCAAGCGGGCCCGCGUCAGCGGCGAGUCCGUCGCGGAAGAGCCACAGACGAGCCUCCCCGCGAAGCUGGGCGAGGCAGAAGACGCCAAGAUAUCAGCGCUCAACGGCGUCGGCGGCAGGCAAGAAACUACCGCGGAGCCAGACGAGCCUCUCGACUACGGCGCCAGCUCCCCCGUGGAACAAGAGCAAGACCAGGAGGCGCGCGAGGCAACACCCACCCCCGCCAGCCACGCCGCUGCGACAGGCGCAAGGGACCGCGAACCGUCGCCGGAGGCCCCCCGCUCCUCCACGGCCACGGAGGUUGAGAGGGACGUAGAACCCGCGAUACACCCGGCCACCUCGGCCCUCUACAUCAAGAACUUCAUGCGGCCCCUCCACAAGCCCGUCGUCGAGCAGUACCUCAUCGACCUGGCCAGCCCCGCCGCCGCCGCCGCCGCGGACCCGGACCCAGACGUCGUCGUCGACUUCUUCCUCGACACCAUCCGCACGCACGCCUUUGUGCGCUUCGCCAGCGUCGCCGCCGCCUCGCGCGUGCGCACCGCCCUGCACGGCGUCGUCUGGCCCGACGAGCGCAACAGGAAGCCGCUCUGGGCGGACUUUGUCCCGCCCGACGAGAUCGCCGGCUGGGUCGACAGGGAGCAGCAGGGCGCCGCCGGCAGCCGCAGCCUCAAUAGGUGGGAGGUCGUCUACGAGACGGACGACGGCGGCCGCGGCGGCCGCCGCGUCGUCGCCGUGCUGCGCGAGGCGGGCCUCGACCCUCCUUCCAGCACCAACAACAGCGGAGCCGGCGCGCGGCCGCCCACGGGACCCGCCGCCGCCGCCGCCGCCGCCAGCAGCGGCAAGGUCGACAUCCCCACGGGCCCGUCCUCGCGCGUCUACCCGGGCAUCGAGGCCGCGCCCUCGGGACCCAGGGGCUACCUCGACCGCAGCAGCCGCGCCCCGGGACCGCCCUCCUCCUCCUCCUCCGGCCGCCAAGCCGGCCCCGGCGGCCCGGAGCAGACGACCCGCGCCCACCCGCCCAUCAGCUACCAGCCCGUCUCGGCCGAGGUCGCCAAGCGCCGCGUCGCCCACGUCCACUCCUUCGUGCCGCGCGACCCGCAGCGCCGCGCCCUCGUCGGCCGCGACAAGAACCGCUACACCUUCGAGAUGGGCGACAAGUUCGUCGACCGCGGCCCGGAGAUGUUUGAGGGCAUCCGGCCGCCGCACAGGGAGCGCGAGCGCCGCGCGGCCGGCGGGGCGGCCUUCGGCGGGGGCGGUCGACAGGGAGGUGGCGCGCGGGGCUUCGGUCGCGGUCCCGGAUCAUCGCGGUACGACGAUUACCGGCCCCCGCCGCGCCGCUACGAACAGUAUCGCGGUGGCGGUGGGCGGGAUGACUACAGAGACCGGCGUUAUUGA